AUGACAACUCCAACCCAAGGCGAUCUAUGUCUCCAACCCGUAUGGGAGCGCUUUCAGGACAACAGCCUUGCGAAUAGAGGCGAUCGCGUUGUCGUAGCCAAUUUUGGUUUUUUGCCUGCUCCUAAUCUCCCCUUCUUCCUCUGGCAGAAGCUCUACCGAAACUGCACCUGUCUGGCAAGUUUCGUGCCCAAAUUUCCGGCUCACCUUCGCGCAGCGCCUGCAGCACCGAAUACUACUGUUCUCCUGGACGAUGAGGUGGUGACGGGUCCCUGCCCUAUGACCUGUCACACUCUGAUUCCCUUCAUUUGCGUUCUCACGACGGCCCUCUUCCUCACUGGAGUCAUUCAAAACCCUCUGCUGAUGGUGACAAUGCGUUCAGUGAGCAAGUCAGAACGUUCCUUGGCUCUGGGCCUGCAGUUUGUCAUCAUCCGGCUGCUGGCCAAUCUGCCCUCACCCAUAAGUUUCGGUCGUGUUAUUGACGGCGCCUGUAUGUUCUGGCAUAUGGAAUGUGGCCGCAGGGGUGACUGUGGCCUCACGGACCGCCGGAACCUCACUUUUUACCUAACUGGACUGGCGCUAGUCGUGAAGGGACUGAGCCUCUUCAUCUACGUCGGUCUCCUCUACCUGCUUCGGAAAUCCUCCCUAAGAAACCAACCAAUGAACGGUAUGCGGACUGCCCCGAACUCCAUCCACGCGGUCUCCAUCAAUACAGAGGAUACCAGAGAACAGUCUUAG